CUCGCACAAAGUGGUGUCGUGCGGGGCCCCCCCAGCACAGGGGGUGAAGCAGGGCGGGGGGGGGCCGCUCUCUGCCCUGCAGAUGGCCGGCGGCAUCUUCUCCCCACUGGGGAGCUGCUCGGAGCUGGAGAAGGCCAACUGCCACCCGCUGGUCUGCCUGCUCUGCCACGAGCCCUACCAGCACCCCUGCCUGCUCGACUGCUACCACAACUUCUGCGCCAGCUGCCUGCGGGGCCGUGCCAGUGACGGGCGCCUGCGCUGCCCGCUCUGCGGGCACCCCUCGGUGGUGAGGGGGGGCACGGGGCUGCCCCCCGUGGACCGGCUCCUGCAGUUCUUGGUGGACAGCUCGGCCGACAGCGAGGAGGAUGUGCAGUGCGCCAACUGCGACCGGCGCUGCACCAAGGCGGAGCUGGACGCCAUGUACUUCUGCAACACCUGCGGGCAGCCCCUCUGUGCCCCAUGCCGCGAGGAGACCCACCGCGCCAAGAUGUUCACCCGCCAUGAGAUUGUCUCCCUCUCCAAGCGCACAAAGGACAUCCACAAGAAGUGCCCGCUGCAUGAGGAGCCCUACAUCAUGUUCUCCACCGAGAAGAAGUCCAUGCUCUGCAUCAACUGCUUCAGAGACAUGCAGGGGGAGAGCCGGGCGCACUGCAUCGACAUCGAGACAGCGUACAUGCAGGGCUGCCAGCGGCUGGACCAGGCGGUGAUGGCUGUGAAGGAGCUGCAGACCUCCACGCGCGAGGCCAUCGUCCUCCUCAAGGCCAUGAUCGAGGAGGUGCGCAACAGUGCCAGUGAGGAGGAGGCGGCCAUCAACUCCCUUUUCGGCCGCAUGCAGGAGCAGCUCUCUGAGAGGAAGAAGACACUCCUGAAAGCCGUGCAGAGCCAGCACGAGGAGAAGGAGAAGGCGUUCAAGGAGCAGCUCACCCACCUUGCCUCCCUGCUGCCCACCCUGCAGGUCCACCUGGUGACCUGCUCGGCCUUCCUGAGCUCCGCCAACAAAGCCGAGUUCCUGGACCUGGGCUACCAACUGAUGGAGAGGCUGCAGAGGAUCGUCAAGCUGCCGCACCGCCUGCGGCCGGCCCAGACCAGCAAGAUCAACAGCGAGUACCGGGCAGAGUUUGCCCGCUGCCUGGAGCCCCUGUUGAUGCUCAGCCCCCGACGCUCUGUGGUGGGCAGCGCCAGCAGCAUUGGUCCUGGCAUCGCCGGCACAAACAUGCUCCCUGGCGGCCAAUGCUCCAAGACCCUCAUGGUACCCGGCUGCCCCACCGCCGGCGAUAAAAUGUCCACUGGCCCCAUGGUGCGGAAGCCGACGAUGCACCGGUACAUCAGCACCAAGGUCCUGCUGGCCGAGGGGCGCGAGACCCCCUUCGCCGAGCACUGCCGCAACUACGAGAACACCUACCGGAUGCUGCAGACGGAGAUCCAGGGCCUGAAGGACCAGGUACAGGAGCUGCACCGCGACCUCACCAAGCACCACUCGCUCAUCAAGACAGAGAUCAUGAGCGAGAUCCUGCAGAAGUCUCUGCAGAUGGACGUGCAGAUCGCAGCUCACUACUCUGCUGUGGAGAUGAUGCGCAGCGUCUUUGAGGAGGUCUGGGAGGAGACGUACCAGCGGGUGGCAAACGAGCAGGAGAUCUACGAAGCCCAGCUCCACGACCUGCUGCAGCUGCGGCAGGAGAACAGCUGCCUGACCACCAUCACCAAGCAGAUAGCUCCCUAUGUCCGCUCCAUUGCCAAGGUGAAGGAGCGGCUGGAGCCCAGGCUGCAGGAGCCCCGGGAACCCAAGGAGGAAAAGGUGCAGAUGCUGCUCAAGAUCUGUGACGAUAGCGAAGCGGCGCCAAGGGAUGCCUUGCCCAGCAGUAAGGAGGGGGCUCUGGCCAGCCUCGGGGAGGGCUGCACGCCCAGCAGCAUCCCCGGAGACCCCUCCUCAAAAAGCGAAGACUGCUGCAGGGGCCAGCAGAAAAGUGGCGCUGAGAGCACGGCCCAGAAAGAGCUCGCACCGUAGAGCCCGAUGCCGAGCGAGCACAAGGAGCUGCUUGGCACUCGCUGCGCAAAAGCGGUGCUCCAGUUGUCGACUGGCUCCUCUUGCCUCGUGCCACAAGCCAAGGCAGGAAAACACACCCCAGGCAUACAGCAUCUGCAGCGUAUCAAAAGCCUGCCUUGGGGUGACUUUGUUCGUCUGAAAAAAGUAAUUGUCUUUACACUCUCCCUCUCGUGUUACAAGUGAAAUAAAAGGGCGGAAGUGUA